AUGGCAGUCCCCUCCCUCUUCUCGGCAUCGGUCGUGCUCGUUGCCUUGUUCUGCUGCUAUGCCACCGCUCUUCAGCCAUCGACACACGACCAAGGCUGUGUGCAUUUGCCCAUCGUCCAUUCGACAAACGUCGACUACUUCUCCAGCAAACGGGGGGUUCAGCUCCAGCUAGCAAACCGAUCAGAUAUUGCCUAUUAUGCUCAACUAAGCAUCGGCACGCCGCCACAGCCAGUCUUUGUCCAGUUGGACACAGGAUCAUUUGAGCUGUGGGUGAAUCCAGACUGCACCGCAGUAUCAGGCGCCGAUGCCGCCUUCUGCGAACGGAUCGGCCAAUACGACACGACCAAGUCGUCGACGGCAACCUCCCUCGGCACCACCAAAACGCUGCGGUACGGCAUCGGGACCGCCAACAUCUCCUACUUUACCGACACCAUCACGCUGGCCGGGAGCUCCACAGCUCUUCAGGCCGUCCAGUUCGGCGUGGCCACGGCGUCAGAAGACGCCUUUUCGGGGAUUUUGGGGAUAGGCUACGGGAAAGACGUCGCGACUCGGUACCUCAACUUCGUCGACCAGCUGCGGGCGCAGAUGGUCAUCAGGGUCAAGGCAUACACGCUCGCGCUGGGCAGCAAGGAUGCGCAGGAAGGCGUGAUAGUCUUUGGCGGCGUCGACACAUCAAAGUUUGCCGGCAAACUGGCCAGGCUGCCCGUCCUGCCGGCCGACCGGUCUCCCGAUGGGGUGCCUCGGUUCUGGGUCGACAUGCAGUCACUGUCCAUUACGCCGCCGAAUGGCGUGAACCGUGUGUACGAUGCCAGCAAGACGCCCGUGUUCCUGGACAGCGGUUCGACCAUGACUCUUCUGUCGCCAAACCUGACGGCGGCCAUUGCGAACGACUUUGGAGCCCGGAUGUCGGAUGACAACGGUUUUUUCACGAUUGACUGUGCUUUGGCGAGACUAAACGGCACCCUCGACUUUGCUUUCGACGGCGUGACCGUCAAGGUUCCUUACAAAGAGCUCACCCGGGAGGUUUCGAGCAGCCCUCCGGCUUGUUUUCUGGGCAUCAUGGCGAGUGAGAAGUUCACGUUGCUGGGGGAUACGUUCCUACGGUCAGCUUACACUGUCUUUGACCUCGAAACAGACUCGAUCUGGAUGACGCAAGCUGCCGACUGCGGCUCCUCGCCGGCGGCCUUGAACAGCGUGCAGGAUUUGUCGUCCGUGACGGGCGCGUGCGGUCUGUCAGAACUCGUGGAUUCUACGAGCGGCACGCUGGCGCCCAGCUCAAGCCUUGAAAGCGUUGAUGGAGGAGGUGCUGCGCCUACCCGCAGUGGCGGGUCCCAGGCCCCAGGGACAAGUUCCGAGAACAACAGAGCGAGGCCUACGUCGGGGACUUCGAGGCGUUCCAGGAGUAGCAUGGGGUUGGUAUCGAGCUUGGGCAUGGCGCUCAUGCUGCACAUUCUGACCUGACAGCCUUUUGGGAUAGGCUCUUUAGCUUGCGAUACCCCGGAUUGUAUUUGAUUAUUAGAUUUGCGGAUAUUACCGCUCCUUUCCCG